AUGUCCUCCGAGAAGACCUUAAAACGGAUGGGCGCCCAGUCAGGCACAGAGGCAGUAAACACCUGCGUCCCACCACGCUCCCGCCCCGGCAAUUCACGCAAAAUUGCCCUCAUCGGGGGCCCAGCCUUGCGAGAAAUGCGGUCAAAUAUGCAGCGAUGCUCAGUGACGGCAAAAGAGCCUGGUGAAGCAGCAGAGCAGCAGCAGCAACAGGAUGUGCAGAGUGUGGUGCAUUCCUCGUGUCUUUCCUUUGCGUGGCGUCUCGUUCCCUUCUUUCCUUCUGUGGUUUACUUGCUUAUUGUGUCGUUGUACUCCGAUUCGUGUCUAGUGUGA